AUGGGAAAGUAUAACCCACGUGAAUUGUUCGGCACUCCGUUCAGGAAAACACCCAGGGCAGAGUCGACAAAGGUUGAUCACGUUCACAAUAGAUGUCAAUGCAGCUGUAUCAGCAUUUUACAUAUUGUGGCAAUCCUUUUGAUUUUUAUGGGUUUGCUUGCUGCCAUUGCAAAAUUAUCACAGUACAAAAACUACAAACCACCAAAUAGGGACAGCUACUUGAAUUUGACUCUGAAGUCAGUUGCCAUGUUGGACUGGCAGGUGCAAUUUUGCAAGCAAGCAACAUAUUUGCUCAAGUGUGAUGAUGAUGUCUACAUCAACACAAACACAUUACAGGAGCUAGUGCACAACAUGCAGACUCAAGAAAUCAGUCCAGAUCUUAUUUUUGGCCAAGAAAUUGAGGACCACAGGCCUAUUUCAACUCAGAAAACACAAGAAAUGCUGAAAAUGGCAUUAAACCUCAACUUCUUCCCAUAUGAGGAUGUCUUCAUCACAGGAAUGGUUGCUUCAGCUUUGGACGCACUGGCGGCGCCGGCGCCACCACCACCACCAACACCGCCGCCACUGCUGCUGCUGUCAUGGCAGCUCAUGUCAGUCGGGAUUUUAUUGGGGGCUCUCAAAGUGUCACACUGUUCGCACGUGGACAGGGCCGGGUGGUUGAGGAACGUGCAUGUGGGACAAGACCAGUGCGGACCUUCUUCUUCGUCCACGGAAACAGCAACACUAGAUGACGCACGCUGCAGUUCGUCAGGCAUCGACACGGAGGCUGUCACACGAGAGCCUGGAGCUACAGCAGCUUUGCAUGAAAAAUAA